CCGGGAGGCUGCUGCCGCCUCGGCGCGGCGGGGCAGGUGCCGCGGCUGCGGGGGCGCAGCCCCUCGGCCGGGCUGCGGGACUCCGCUGCCGCCCGAACGCCGGCCCGCUCGCCGGGACACGUGCGGUGCGCGGCGGCAGCCGGACACCCCGAGCGGGGCUGUGUGUGUGUGUGUGUGUCUGUGGGAUCGCGCCUUCCCGCGGCUCCCGGCCGGCUCCCCGGAGUCCCGAGCGUGCCUCGGGAGGCGGUGGCGGCCGCGGCGAACGGGGCAGGUCGCGGUCGGCGGCGCCCGGCCCUCCCCCUGCGAGGGGCUCGCCGCCCCCCCCGCCGCUGCCAAGGAGCUGUUGGGGGGGAUUUAUAGGAGUAACAACGGCUCGUGAUGUCAGCCCGUGCCUAAAAUAGAGAGGGAUUGACUGCAAAUCCACGGCUCGAGGGCUAAACCUUCCAAUCCAGCCUCAGCCAGCGCCGCGCCGAUGUGAAGUCGCCCCCCAGCUCUCGCACACAGCCGCGCACACACGCACACGCUCCCCGCGGCGAGGGGAGGGCGCCGGGGAUCGCAGCCCAGGUGCCAGCGCCUCCUCGCCCCGCCGGCCACUGCUGGGCGGCCGCGGCGCAGCAGCGCCGGUCCCGGGACACCGAGAGCCUGCUCUGGGACGGCGGGGUGGGGGAGAGCCGAGGAGCGGAGCUGCCGGAUCCUCGCCCUGCGGAGCCCCCAGGAUUACAAGGAAUUGCGUGCUCCUUCCCAGACGUGAGCGAGGGUUAUACCAAAGAGCCAACCUCCUUCGCGCCUUGCUGUCCAAAUUAAUCCCUUGGACCCUUGAGAAGACAGGGGGUUUUUCGGAACCAUGGCAUCGACAGAAGGUGCCAACAAUAUGCCUAAGCAAGUAGAAGUCCGGAUGCAUGAAAGUCAUUUAAAUCCAGUGGAGCACAGAUCCAGGAACAUAUGUGUGCAGUUCUGCCAGUCCCUCCACAGGAAUCUGCUCCUGACUCUUACUGUGUUUGGUGUUAUCCUGGGUGCAGUGUGUGGGGGUCUUCUUCGUCUAGCAACACCUAUUGACCCUGACAUCAUCAUGUUAAUAGCCUUCCCGGGAGAUAUACUUAUGAGGAUGCUAAAGAUGCUGAUCCUCCCUUUAAUCAUUUCCAGUUUAAUCACAGGACUGUCUGGAUUAGAUGCUAAAGCAAGUGGCCGCCUGGGGACAAGAGCCAUGGUCUACUACAUGUCCACCACGAUUAUUGCUGCUGUGCUGGGUGUGAUUCUGGUUUUAGCCAUCCAUCCAGGGAAUCCAAAACUCAAGAAACAGCUUGGUCAAGGGAAGAAGAAUGAUGAAGUAUCUAGUCUGGAUGCCUUCUUGGAUUUGAUCCGGAACUUGUUCCCUGAAAAUCUGGUUCAAGCCUGCUUUCAGCAGAUCCAAACUGUCACCAAGAAAGUGCUGGUGCCACUACCUGUUGAAGAGCCACCUAAUGUCACUGAUUCUGCUAUUGCUCUGGUGAAUGAGACAGCACCACCUGAAGCCCAAAUGGUCAUUAAGAAGGGACUUGAAUUUAAGGAUGGCAUGAAUGUCCUGGGUUUGAUAGGAUUCUUUAUUGCUUUUGGCAUUGCUAUGGGAAAAAUGGGAGAUCAGGCCAAGAUGAUGGUGGAUUUCUUCAACAUCCUGAAUGAGAUUGUAAUGAAGUUAGUAACCAUGAUCAUGUGGUAUUCCCCCUUGGGUAUUGCGUGCCUCAUCUGUGGGAAAAUCAUUGCAAUCAAGGACUUAGAAGUAGUUGCAAGACAACUUGGCAUGUACAUGGUCACUGUGAUUGUGGGUCUUGUCAUCCAUGGAGGGAUCUUCCUGCCUCUUCUCUACUUUGUGAUAACAAGAAAAAGUCCAUUUUCAUUCCUUGCUGGGAUUUUCCAGGCAUGGAUCACAGCAUUAGGCACAGCUUCCAGUGCUGGAACAUUACCCGUCACGUUCCGGUGUCUUGAAGAAAAUCUUGGCAUUGAUAAGCGUGUAACAAGGUUUGUUCUUCCUGUUGGAGCAACUAUUAACAUGGAUGGAACUGCCCUUUAUGAAGCCGUGGCUGCCAUCUUCAUAGCACAGAUGAAUGGAAUUGACCUGGAUGGAGGCCAGAUAGUUACUGUGAGUUUGACCGCCACCCUUGCAAGUGUUGGAGCUGCCAGCAUUCCCAGCGCGGGGCUUGUCACUAUGCUGCUGAUCCUGACUGCAGUGGGUCUCCCCACCCAGGACAUCAGUCUGCUUGUUGCUGUUGACUGGCUUUUGGACCGGAUGAGAACGUCAGUCAAUGUGGUGGGAGAUUCUUUUGGUGCCGGCAUUGUCUACCACCUUUCCAAGGCAGAACUUGACACCAUUGAUUCCCAUCAUAAAGGCCAUGAAGACAUUGAAAUGACCAAGACUGCGUCAAUCUAUGACGACAUGAAAAAUCAUAGGGAAAACAACUCAAACCAAUGUGUUUUUGCAGCUCACAACUCAGUCAUGGUAGAUGAGUGCAAGGUAACACUGGCAACCAAUGGCAAAUCUGCAGACUUCAAUGUUGUUGAAGAAGAGCCUUGGAAACGUGAAAACUAAGUGAAGAGAUUCCUAACUGCAUCUUUAAUAAGUCCUGAAGCUAUCUUGUGGCAGAAGAUACCAUGAUUAAAAAGAUUUUUCUUUUUUUUUUUUUUUUUUCUAUUUAACAUCUACAGUUUCUGCUUAAUUUUGUAACUGAAACUUAGCAAAGAUCUCAUCAAGUCAUUGUAGUGUCUUUGCCAAGCAAUGAUCCAUAGCCAUCUGUCUCCCUUGUGUUACUGUUUGGAUGAUGCACCUGGAGAAUGCUCCAUGCAGUGCAAUGUGCUCUCGCCCACUUCCCCUUUCAUUCAAGACACAGAGAAUGUAAAUGCUGCAAAAUGGGAAGAUCAAAGUGCCAGUACAGUUCACUACAGGGACUCAGGGUCACAGAUACAAGAGAAACAUAACACCACGUAAGCCUUCAAGUGUUUUGGUGACUCUUGUGGCAUACCUGAUCUGUUUAUCACUGUAUGGCUAAAAUACCUUUUGAAAACAUCCAUGAAGAUUUCUAUUUGUUUUGAUAAUAACAAGCACUGUACUUUUGUGCCUAGUUGUACUUUAAACUGAACUUAGAUCCAGGGGCAGGAUUAAUGCACAGAAGUCAAUAAAUGAUCCCAGACAUUUUGUUAGAUCAGUACAACUAAAACUUAACAUCAAGAGAAGACCUUCGAUUUAUGUGCAUGCAGUGUGUUUUUAUCAGAUGUCCCAGGGCAGAUGCAGCCUUUAUUUUAUGCUGAGGCUGUGCUGCUUUGUGACCACAAUGCACCAUACAAUACAAGGCAUACAUAGUAUACAAGUAUUAUACAAGUAUAAUACAGGGGUGGUAGUUCCUUUGCUAAAUCUAUGGCUGAUGUGCAAAGUACAGAAAACCAUGGACUCAGUUGUGCCAUUUUUAAUCAAAGUAGGUGGUACCUUACUAUUCACCCUGCUCCAGUGAUGUCAGAGGUGUUUCUCACAUGGAUGGGAUACUCAAGCAAGGUACUACUAAGAUUGAUUAAGUAUGUCAUGACUGGGUACUUGAUAAUGAGCUACAAAUGAAUUCGGAAUCCAUUACUCUUACACAAUUUUUGAAUGUGAUCAUCAGUAGCAUUUGCUUUGAAGCGAAAGCCAUCUUAUGUUAUGUUUCAGAGAGUGGCUAAAUCCUGAAUUCGUUGCUAUACCAAAUUCCUUACAAGGUUACGAGAAUUUGCCUAGGAUUAGGACUGAAUGCAAUUGACACCAGAAUUUCAGGGUUUAGGCCAGUAUGCUGAAUUUACAUCUCUGUCUCUUUUGCAGAGUAAUAAGUAUAUAACUCCCUAAUGUCAGAGAAACGUUUCUUUGAGCGCACGGUAUCUGAAUUAAUGAGAUAGUGUUUGGUCAACACACUAUAUCUGACUCAACCUGUCAGAAGAAAUUCCAGUGAGAAUAAACACCUUGUGAUUUUUUUUAAAAGGUGCUUGUUAAUAUUUAGCAAUUUUAAGAUACUGAUGAAUACCAUUAUACUGUUAGCAAUGUUCCAUAGCAAAGCUGAGCCACAUGACCUUGGAAGCUUCUACUCACAGAACAAGCUUUGUGCAGUUUUGGGGGCAACUCUCAGAAGUUUUCAGAAUGAAUCAGAAUAUGAGCAUAUGGUGAACUUAAAAAUGGCAAGAAACAGAGUUCAAACAUUUAUGGAAAUAGGCCAUUCAGUGUCUGUGCUCAGACCUGUCAUGGGUUUAAAGGGGAAUAAUGUGUUUAACUGUAGAGUGUUAUUUGGCUCUGUAGAAGCUAUUAAAGUAGAAAUAUAAUCUGCUUUUGUUCAUCUGCACUCAUAUAAAUAUCUCUGAAACUGCACACGGACCUAAGCCAGCCAAGGCUACUUGCAUGAUUAAUGAUGUGCAAGAUUAAGUCCAUUGUCAGAGUAUCCCUCAUUUAAGCAUUUACCGUGGAAUAUUUUUCUUACCACUGUAUUUUUGUCAUCACUUGAAUGCCAUGGCCAAGCAAAUCCUAAGCAGAAUGGCCUAUAUAAUUUAACCAAUAUUGAACCACUGUGAAUUCUGUAGGCCUCUAACAUGUAUUAGAGGGAGAGGCCUUUUCCAAAGGCUUCCUGAAGGAUCGUGAGGAUUUAAUUUUUUUUUUUUUUUGUGAAGGAUGGAGGUUAUUCAGAAAAGUGGCAGGCAGGUUGUGUUUUCUUUUCUUCAGUCGUUGCUAUUAGCAUAUCCAGAGUUAACCUCUGUCUUUCUAUUGCUUCCCAAGUAGCAUUCACUGGGUUAUGUGCCAGAAAUGUGCUGGGAUGGUGUGUAGGUACUGUAAAAUGUUCCCUGCUGUGAGGGUGCUGGCUCUCAUCAAGUGAAAUUUGCUGUCACUCGAGUGGUAGUUAUAUCCAAGAAUAACUCACAGCAUUUACCCCAAUUUAUAUCCAGCGUUCUUGAGCUGUUUCAUGGCACUGCUCACUCAUUAACAGAGGAUUUUUCUGCCUCUUUACCACAGCAGUUUUUUAGGAGCAGCCACACUGAUUGCUUGCAUUGAAAGUAGCUUUAGAAUACUAAAAUAUGGUCCAUAUACUUUUAGCUGUCAUUUGAAACUGUUCAGCAGUUGGAAACAAACAGGAAUGUCAGCAACAUGUGACUAGGCAGCUCCACAAAAUUACAUAUUGAGAAACACUUAGAAUAUGCUUACAGUUAUCCACUUGGGAUGCAAUGUCCUUUGAAGAGUGCUUCUUUGGAUGUAGACUAGGGAAGGAAGGAAUGCAGUGCUAGAGAAACCCCACCCACAAAUGGGAGAAUAAAUUUGGAUCUUUUGAUAGGAUUAGAAUAGCAGACUGUGAUUUUAAAGUGGUAAUUCUGUAGAUACAGUAACUCAGGGAUUUUUCAAAAUAUAAUUAUGAUGGUAUUUCUCUAUUUAAAUGUGGAUGUGGGAGAAGGAGAAAUGUUGGGUUUCGUAUAUUCCUCUGCUUGUAGCCUGACUGAAUAUUUAAUAUAGUGUUAUUCCAGUGCAGCACUGUAUUAAAUCAUCAAAAAACUUUCCAUUUCUGUGGGAAAAUGUAACUCAUUCUUGGCUUUCAUUUCAUGAUUUGCUCAUUCCACGAGGCCGGGUUGCUACUUAACUAAAUAAACAGAAAAUAACCCAGGGACCAUCCACUUCAGCUAAUCCAAGGUCCACGUUUCAGCAGGCAGUGCUGGAAAGGCCAGCCUCCUUUUGCUUACACUAGGAGUCUCAAUGCAUUAAUUUGCAUCUGGCAAUUUUUUGUGUCUGCUCACAGUGCUGGGGUGGCAGAGUUAAAGAAGAAGCUCAGUGAAAAGUCAUUUGGUUUCUGUGUAGUUCAUAUUAACAUUGUUUUCUGCAGUUGGUGUUCUGUCAGUUCCCCCCACCUUUGUCUGUGCAACUGUGAUAUCCUUUGGCCUUUGGAUUGCUGGCAGCACAUUGGCACAUGGAAAAGUCUAGAGCAGGCAAGGACUCAGUUCCUUGCCUACAUGCUUAAGCAUUUGCUUUAUGCAUUUGCUGCUGAAGCUGGGUCAGCAUUCUCAUAGUGUCUGUUCACUGAAAGUAAAGCACACUGUAUGUUGGAACUGCAGGAGAGGUGGAGCACUUUGCCACUUGAAUUGUUUCUUCAUUGCUUCCUUUGGAAAACAAUGGCUGCACCGACUUUUUAAGAAAUAUGUGUGGGUCUUACACACAAAGAUUCUUCAAAUAGGUAGGGCAAAAGCACUUGGUCCUAUUACGAUAUGUGCUCUUUCCAUUUGAAUUGGUGAGAAACUCAGUAUGUCUUUGAAAAACUGUUUGCAGAAGUAAAAACCAUGCCUGCAAUGCUUUGGCUACGUGAAAGCCCCAUUGAAAUCUGUGGGAGUCACAAUGUUCCAGGAAAAGUCAAGUCUCUUCUUGGCUCUGUUAAGUUAUAAGACAUUUCACAAUCCCAUUCUAGGGAAUAGUCUUUGUCUGCUAUUUAUAAUGAAGUUGAUUCUCACAUCCAAAAUAUUUCUGCCAAGAUACUUCUUUUAUAUCUAAUUGUUUCAGUGCUACAAGUCCAGCACUGAAUUUAAACUCAGCACAAAAAUAAGGAUCCCUCUCGUUACAGAUUUUUCCCAUAUUUUUUCUGAGAUAUAGCUGAUCUCCAUGUCUUUCUCAAAACACAUGGAAUUCCAGAUUUUAUGCCACUUUUAAAAGAAGGAGUAAUAUAGAUUUCUAACUUGUUUUUCACCACUCCCAGGGUCACUAGUUUUCCAGCAGUAGACACACAGACGAGUAGACUGUUCAUCUGAGAAGCUGAGGUAUCAGCAUGUGAACAAAUUUAUUCUGGUGACUUGCCUGGAUUUUCUUUGCUUCCUUGCCUUCACUUGUGUUAUUGCAGCCUUGUUGUAGCAACACAGCAGCAGUCGCACAAAUCCCAGUAACUGUAGGCAAUAUUAAACCUUCCCUCUAACAUUCACUUCUCUCUUAAAAUCUCUUAAAAUAUUUUUAAAAAGGCUCUGAGCUUUAGUACCUGGCUCAGAAGAAUCCUUUUGUGGAGAUGUAAAGGUAUAACUGUUUUGCAUCUCUGCAAUUUCCAUUCAGCUCUUUUGAUUGCUGCAUUUGAAUUAAUUUACAGAAGGAUAAAUAAGGGCACUUUAUAAAAAUGUACUGUAAUAUUAUUCUGUUAUGAGCCUGAAGACUAUCUUGAUUUUAUUACUGUGACUUUUAAGGCCACGGUUAAGAUAUUUUUCAUAUUAGCCAUUAUGAUAGGUAUAUAGUCCAUUGGGACAGUUCACCUCAGCUAUAAUUCACCAUAUCAGAUUAUGUAGAAGUUCCUGUUCCCAGCAGAAAGCAUUCUUGGAAAGAUGAGUUGUUUUCUUCUCUCAAAUAAUAUUGGUGACUUUGAAGGGAAAAUAUUUACCGUUAUCUUAUCAGGUCUAAAGUAGUAAAUAGUCAAGUAAAUAGUCAAGUAAAUUAAUUGUUCAGCUUAGCCAAGCUGUUUUUGAAAAUGUGUUCUUGCUCAUGAUUUAGUGCAUAUUCCUUCCAAAGUCAUCGAUCUUUCUUUCCCCAUGGGCACCAAGGCUGUGUCUCCCCCCAGACUGCGCACAGACUUGAGGCAGGGCUCCUGGUAAAGCCCCCUGGAGCAGUGCCUGGUACAGGCCCUACAGUGGGUGCCUCCCUCAGUUUUUCCUCCUGGCCAUACUUUAUGUCCGAUGGAAAUGUGCUCUGAGUGCUGCUGAUGCCCAGGUGCUGGUAAUUCUUUUACUUCUCUUUUGAGUGGCCUCCCUGGCACAAGGUUUUUGGAGCUGUCCCUCACAGGUGCCCACCAUCCCGGAGACAUCUUCCCCUGUUUAGGGAAAACCCAGCGACUCCCCACUAACAGGCUGAUACAAAAGUAACAGAUAAAGUGGUUGUGCAGUUGCAACUACGAGUCUUACAAAAAAGCCAGGUUCCAAAUAUUGGAAAAGCCUAGAGCACAUGAUUGAGCCACUGAGUAGGUCUCUACUAGUCCAGGAUGGAAAUAACCAACAGCCUAAUGCAAGAUUUGGGGAGACAAGAAGACUUGUGAAGUUUCUUACUUCACCCAACCUUUGAUCCCCGUUCAUUUCUAACUCCAUCUUGCUGCAGAGCCAAUGCUGAUCAAUGCUAGAGCAUCCAGUCCUUCUAGUCUGCUACUCAACAUUCAGGAGUCCUGCAACUGUUUUUAAAGAUGCUCUGUGACACACACCAUUGCACAAAGGGAGGCUGUCAUAGGCAGCAUCACACAACCUGGAUUGUCUGGUACCUGUAUAUUGCUUUGUACAUAAAUAGUGUAGUCUGCUGGAAUUUUUGUAUCAUUCUUUUCCAUUCCUUUUUCUACAGUUUUUCAAAGACUGUAUGCAAACUGUGCUUGCAUAUUGAUUUUGCAGUCAGUAUUGUAGAUUAUAGCAUUUCCAUGUUGGCGUUUCUUAUGGACUUGUGAGUUCUUGUGUACUACAGGUUGUCCUUCCUACUUAAAGACAACUGCAUACACUUCCAUCCAAUAUAUCCUGCUCCUUUCUUAAAUAUAUCUUAUUUCCUAUGAUCUAGUAUGAACUCUUGCUUGUAGAAUGCAUCAGAAAAAGCUGAACGUGUAUUUAUAGUGUUAAAUAUUGUGUGCUCAACACUGAUUUAGUGAAGAAUAGUACAGGUUUUAGGAGUUUGUACUUGUUCUCUGGAAACUACAGUGUAGACUGAAUUAAAUUACCUAGUAUCUGUAAUUUACAGACACACAAAUAUUUUCUUAGAAUGUUUUCUAUGGGAUCAUAUAAGGUAGGGAAAUAAUACUUUAAAGGUGAUCAAUACCUUAGAGCAAAACCAGUUUUCUUAUGACAUUUAGGAUCAACAAAAUAUUUUUUUGUUGUGUUUGGUGAUGAAUUAUAGACAAAGCACAAAAUGCAAAAAGCCAAUAGGAAUUUCAAGAUGUCCUUAAAUGCUGCAGUCCGUCAUGGAACAAUACUAUAAUAAUCUGAGCAAUCUUUUAGAUUGACUGUCUUGGGCGAUCGUCCCUCACUUUUGUAAUUUUUCCUGAUGUUACCUUUGCCAAAUCCUGCAGUUCUUCCUUAGGACCUGUUAAUGUAUAACUGACUGGAUGCAGUUUGUAGGAAACAGAUCUGGGUAGGCAAAAAAGUGUGUUGUAAGGUACCCCAUCCAUCUUGCUACAAUACGGUGUGUGUGAGUUCAGCCUGUGGAAAAAGUUCAGGAUUUUGCCACCUAAUUUUGCCUUGUUGAAAAAGGACCAACAGAACCACCAUGGGACCAAUGUAAUUGGGUAGCAUCCGUACAAAUACCUCCUGUUUUCUUAAGUAUUUUUAAGAGAAUAACCACUAUAUUUUUCGACCCAAAUGACAGUUACUUCUCAUUUUGGUAAUUUCUUCCCAUUAGGCAAAUACCUGUUGGCAUUAAGGCCGUAGCUGUAAUAAUUUCAACUUAAUUAAUAAGGAACUGUUUUUAGAGGAAUAAAAAUAAUAUAAAUAUUCGUAACAGCUAUAUAACAAACAAACAAAAAAUCUUCUAUGGCCUACUAGCUCUUUGACUAUAACUCAAAACAAAGAAAACAUGGAAUAGGAAGGACUGCUGUCCCAGUGUGACUGAUACUGGAUAUCUCUUCAACUAUUCAGAAAUCCGUGGGGCCAUGUUAUUCUGCUGAGGUUUUGGAGCCUAAGUUUCUAGUAGAUAUAUAUAUGUAGGAAGUGUGUUGAUAUACCCUUGUAUUUUGAUCUAUAUUGUAUUUUAAAUCAGAUGUAACAGGUAUUAACUUAAUAGGAAUUACAGGUAGAAUAGUGCUGACUUACUAAUAGCUGUAGAACCUUAUUGAUACCAGUUUUGACAUUUUGUUGAAGCAUGAUGUCCAGUGCCUCUCUGCACUUAGUGUAGAUAAUGUAGCUAUCAAUAUGUAAUUUCAGUGAAAUGGUGUAUACAGUAUGUGUAACUUUAAAUUAAUUUAAUUGGUUUCUGUGUGUUGAGGCAUACUAGAAAAUUAGACUGUGUUUUAAAAUUUUGUUCUGAAUUCUGUUUUUCAUUUGUAUCUGGGUUUGUUUCUUUUUGACCGUUCAACUGAUUAGGUUCCUCAGUUUAGUAACUACUUUAUCUUGUCUCUUAUGGAGUACCCAGUUUUAAUAACAUUCAGAAUCAUGUAUGAAGCCAGCUCAUUGUAAAUAUGUUAAUUUUCGUUUCCAACUAGCCAACCAAUGUGGUGUGUGUUAGAAGCUGCAUGUGUGUAGUUCCUGGCAGUGAGUGAAAGUGAUCCCAACAUAAAUUUCCUGCCUGGUGAAUACACUUGUUAUGACAUAAAGAAUUAAUGUUCACCUGGAAUGAUAGGUUUCUGUUUUAUUCUUGUUUGCUUGAAAUGUUUGGACUCUUUAUCACCAGAAGUUUAGUAAGUCACCAUUUAAAUUGGCACACUGAAUGAGGGGAAGUCCAUCUAAGUGCAUUCCUGUUGGAUGCCUGGGCUGCUUUUGGCUCUGGGCAUCAUUCAGCCCUUAGUCAGUCACCUCAUGGCAUCACAGGAUCUCUCUGAGUCACUUCCAGUUACUCCUUGACCACAGAUGCCAGGAAAGCAGCGCAGUCCCAGGGCUGUGACUGGGCAAGCCUGCAGGCAGCAAGGGGCUGCUGUUCCCUCCAGAGUGCCUGAGAAGUCUGAGCAGGAAUCUCCACUUCAUCCCCUUAGCAGGAACAGUCUCUGAGAAAGAUGGAUACACUCAUGGGCAAAGGGGCACUGUUUCUUUCAUUGUUAAAAAGGGGUAUUAGCAUUUUUGGAAAAUAAAUGCCAAACUAAAUGCUUCUAAAGCUAUGUGGUUGUUGUACAGGCCUGUUAUUUACAAAUGUAUGUCUGAUGAUAAAAGGAGACAGAUCAACUACACAGUCAGUGGCAAAAAUCUUCUGAAAUCAGAGCUACAGUUCAGAUGUAUGAGAAAAUAGAACCUUGCAGCAACAAUAAGCUGAUUCAUUCUUAGAUACCCUGGACAUGGAUCUUAUAAAUAUAAUCAUCCCCUCUAGACAGAAAGAAAUAAAAAUUAGGCCCCAAAGCACAGAAACUAUCCUGCUUCAUGAGUCCCAUUCUGCUUCAGGAUGAAUUGCACACUCGAGUACUCUGUGCUGCCUGCUUAUCAUCCCUUGCUUCUUCUUUAAGGUGACCAGGCAUGAACUGGAAUGUUUUGCAAUGUUCUAUUGUAAAAAGGAUUAACAAGAGGGAUAAGGUUGGUCUUUACACUCAGAAAGUUCCAGAGAUUUUGAAAUGACAUACUGUACAGUAUCUAUAGCACAGUUUGUUUAAAAAUUAAUAAAUGGAGAUGAUAAAAUUUCUCCCAACCCUGGGCUCUGUUCUUGUAUAUUGUUGUUGGAAUGCCUUGUUGACUGAUUCUAUUUUUGUAGUUCAGAUCCUUUCCUCUUUACAAGGAUUGUUAGUCAUUUGCAUUUAAUGCUUUCUUACAGAGUGAACUGAUUUCUGUAACUUUCAUGUAUAAAACAAACUAGACAUUCUUUCUAUACUGGAAAUAGUCAUGAAUAUAAUAUUUCACUAAGUGUUGUACCUCUUAUGUACAUAUCAUCAAUAAAUGUUGAU